UGCACAAAUAGCUCGUUUAAUUCGCAUACGGUGCACACCAUGUGACGAACGGUAGUAUGCAGCGCUCAGCGCACGCUGUGCUGGUGGUGGGAGUGCACGAGGCCUCUGCCAGGCCUUGAUCACUUGAUCUACUGUGCGUGCUCAUUACCCAAUCUUCUCGUGUCUCGUCGAGCCAAACCCAACUGUCGUAAUGGUGUCUGUCAAAGCAAUCUUUCUCGGUAUCACCCUCCUCGCCAUGGCUCGCGAGGCCCAAGCCCAAGACGGCACUGAGUCGAUUGCUGUGUAUGGAUCGGAUGACUUCGACUCGUACGCCUACGGCUACCCGACAGAGGCGCCUGAGACGCCUUCCCCUUCAACCCAACGACCAACGCGCACCCCGAAGCCGACGACGCCCAAGCCGACGCGCACCCCAAAGACCACGACGCCCAAGCCGACGCGCACCCCGAAGCCCACGACGCCCAAGUCGACGCCUUCCACGACAACGCCCCUGCUGCAACCACUGUGGCGCCGACUCCCGCAGCUACCACCGUCGCACCUACGCCGGCGGCCACCACCAUCGCGCCGACGCCUGCUGCAACCACUGUCGCGCCGACUCCCGCUGCAACCACUGUCGCGCCGACGCCUGCUGCGACCACCGUCGCGCCGACUCCCGCUGCUACCACCGUCGCGCCGACGCCGGCCCCGACUACGCCACGCCGACGACGACGAUGCCCACAUCGACCACCAAGGCGCCGACGACGACACCGUGCACCACCACCAAGGCGCCGACGACGACGACGCCCGCUUCGACCACCAAGGCGCCGACGACGACGAUGCCCACAUCGACCACCAAAGCGCCGACCACUACCUCGAAAUCGCCUUCGACAACGACGCCAUUGUCGACGACGCCGUACCCGACGACCUUGUCCCUGACAAAGACAUCUUUGCCGACGCCGUGCAAAACUACUACAACCCCCUGCCCCACGAGUUUCAAGCCGGCCUCAACGUCCACAAUCCCAAACACGUGGUCGCCCUCUGUCACUCCGUACAAAACCACUACAACCCCGUCGAUGCGCCCUACGACGGCUCCGUGCAAUUUCUUCCAAGAUGA